AUGCCCGCGGUCUCUGUCCUUUACAAGGGAGCCAUCAUCAUCAGCAGGACACUCAUGGGACCAUACGGGAUGGACCGAACCGUGCACUGCUUUGACUUCUAUGACUGUGCAAACGGGCUGGGUAUUAAGGUCAUUGGUGGCAUCAAGGAACUCACUGGAGAAGAAUAUGGAGUUUAUGUCAAGAGGAUCCUUCCAGGGGGUGUUGCUUAUGCAGAUGGGCGCCUGCAGCCAGGAGACCAGAUCCUGGAGGUCAAUGGAGAUUCCCUAAUUGGGGUUACAAGUGAGAGGGCCGUGGAACUCCUGAGGACGGCCGUCGGCCCACCAGCCACAUGGCAGCCCUGUCUGCUCCCCAUGCUGGAGGGCACGGCCCUGCAGACUUGGAGGGAGUUCUCUGAGCUGCUGGAGAAGUUCGGCUCCCAGAGCAACACGGGCUCGGCGCGGAGCUCGCCGGUCCUGCACGGCGGCAGUCGAUACCUGGAAAGCACAUCCUCGGGCUCCUCCUCACGCUCCCAGAGCCCGCUGCUGCUGAGUCCUGCCAACUCCCACGGGCCCUGCCUCGGGAACGCGGCGCACGCCCCUCACGCACACUGCUCCAUUGACUCAGGAAUCCAGAGCAUUUCCAUAGCAAACUCCUCCGGCCUGGGGCUGGCAAUCAGUGGUGGAUCUAACAGGCCUGAUGGGCCUAUGAUUUAUGUCCAAGAGCUCUUGCCAGAUGGUGACUGUUAUAAGGAUGGUCGGCUCCGACCUGGUGACCAACUAAUCGCCAUCAAUAGAGAUUCUUUGGUGGGCAGCACACAUGAAGAGGCCAGAAAAAUAAUUGAAAAAGCCAAAUUCAGACACGAGGGAAGCACAGAAGUGGCCUUUAUUCCUGGGAGGGGACGGUUACAUCCUGGACUGUCAGUGCACAACAACAUCCCAUCACCACCUCCGAAGGCUGUGGGAAACGGCCUGAGCUCCUGCAGGCUCAAGGUCCACGUGAGGUCCCCAGAGAAUAGACGUGAAAAUCCUUUUCCUGUGCCUUCUUUGUCACCGGACAUUUGCCCACCAGAGCUUACGGUCUCAGCACCUGCUUCAGCAUCUAAUCACAAAGCAGCUUCAGGCACCAAACCAAAAGUAGCACUGGAUCCCCAUAUCCGGCUCAAGGAUGGGAAACUGGAACUGGUUCUGCGGUACCUUGGCCUGGAUGUGACCGAGGAGAAGAAGAGGCAGUUGCGGCAGAGCCUGACCACGGACUCGCAGGGGACGGUGGCCUACGGAGAUGUUCUCCAAGCACUCAGGGAUCUGAUGCAGGAGGAGCUGGACGAGGCUGGUCUGGAUUCCAACUCCAUGCUCUUCACACAGCACGAAGUGGCCAAUUUGCUGGAUACAUCAGCUUUUCAUUCCCCGACCUUUGACUCUCUCAACUGCAAUGGCAGCGAGGACCUGGAGCAGCUGCAGCUGGAGAUGACGGAUCUGCGGCACGAAGUCCGACGGCUCAAGUCUCUCCUGAAGGAGGUGGAGAACAGCAAGAAGUCAAUGGAAGAUGAGCUUCAGAGGCUGAACCAGAAAGCUCUGGGGUUCCUCUCCGAGAACCGGACGCUGCACAACAAGCUGCAGAUGGCCGAGGUGGUGCAGAGACAGGCCCACAGCGCCGAGCAGGACUACGAGGAAGUGAUCCACUUGCUGGAAGCUGAAAUUGCAGAACUGAAGAUGCAGCUGGCAGGGAAGAAAGCAAAACACGUCUCUGAAAUAGAGGAGGACAUCCUGGAGCUGAAGAGGCAGCUGUCCCUGGCCGAUGGCCAGCUACGGAAAUCAGAAGUCUCACGGAAGCGCCUGGAGAUCUGCAAUAGGAAACUGCUCCUGUUUGUGCAGAACGUUCACAAGGUCCUGAGCACACCCAGUCAUUUACCAGAUGAGAAAAGCGUCAACAAUGCAACAGAAGAGGAUAAAACAGAUGCAGUCUCAGACACAUCUCUUCCAUCUUCAGAUCUUGUUGACCUCUUGCUGUCAGAAGCUAAAGAACUGUUAGCACCAAUCCUCUCCAGCAAGGAUGCUCUGCCAUGGGAUAAGGACCAGUGCCUGCCUGCUGAAGGAAUCCCAAAUUACAAGGACCACCUCCAUCAGAAGACCACGUGGCCCCCUCCUGCGAGCCAGACCAAGAGUGAUGAACCACAGCCACCGAGUCCAGCGGAGCUGCCGAAGAAGCCGACAUAAAUGUCCCACAGCUUGGUCGUGCUCACACCACAGGUGCUGCUGGGCUGGGAGACGGGAAGGACACCCCAUGGGCACCCCUCCAGGCAAAGCAGACUGAGAACAAGCUUCCUGACAUGAGAUUAACUCUUCCUCACUCUCCGAGACUUUUUCAGCGACCUCCCCUGCGCGUCUACCUCCGAGUUAUCAUACAAGGCUAUUUGCUCACGGUUCUGCAGCUUUAUAGGAAAAGUAUUCUCAAGAGGCUCCAGGGGCCUGGAUUUCAGUGGCAGCCUUUUAGAGCUUGUAUUCUGGGUAGUAAGAGGAGCAUGAACUCUCCUGAGGGACUCAGGGGUCUCCAACAGACUCCUUUUGGUAUUUCAGAUGGAAAACCAAAGUCUAUUUAGUGACUGUAAUCAAAGCAGCUUAAUCUGUAGCAUCCUAGCUGUCUUGGGAUAGGUACUGCUCUUUUUAUUCUUUUUGUAUAGCUUAUCCCAGCUGCAAUGCUUGAAGAGGAAAGCACCAUCUCAGCCAGUUGCUGGACCAAGAGCACAGAGAUAUCCAGCGGGACGGUCCAGUGACAGCGGACACCGUCCCGGAAUGUGAGAGGGGACAUAGUGGACAUAGUGAACAUAGCUCAGUAAAGGUCCACGGUGUCACUGAGAAAUGAGAUACACAUGAUGCAAGACUGUGCUGUGAGAGGGCAGUUAAUGGGGCACAGAUCUGAGAUGAACAGAAGGUCUGGAAAAUAAAAUGGAAACACUUCUCAAAGGUGUUUGCUCUCUGGGCUGUGAUUGCAGUGGUUGUGUUCAGAGUCUCUGAGACAAAGACACAGCCUGAGUCCAUUUUUCCUCCCUCUGAUUUUGGCAGCUCCUAGUGAGAUGCAUUGAGAAGCUGCAGGGAAAUGGGUUGCAAUCUGGCUUUUACAAAUAAUUUGUUAAGAUUACUUCAAAUCUCCUUUGUGGGGGUUCAAAGCAUGUGGAUCCUUCAUAGCCUAAAUUAAAGGCUUAGGAAAAAUCAUGACCCUCACCAGUAUCUACUGCACUGCUAAACCAGUAAGUGUGUGAUGGAAUAUAUCCCAUAAAUAACCAGUCUGAAAUGUUGGUUAAACUUAAUUUCAUAGCUUAAAGCAAAUAAAUCUUGUGAAUCCAUGCCUUGGGAUAUAAUUUAAAGGACUUCUUUCAAAAGGACACAUAAUUCUUUGGACCA